AGACGCCUUGUUCUCAACGUUCGUGUCAUGGAUUACCAGAAUCGAGUAGGAAGCAAGUUUGGUGGAGGAGGUGUGGCAGGUGCCUCGGAGAGCAAUGUCGACCGUAGGGAACGGCUGAGGAAGCUGGCGUUGGAGACAAUCGACCUGGCUAAGGAUCCUUACAUCCUGCGCAACCAUCUCGGCUCCCUCGAAUGUCGACUUUGUCUUACUCUUCACACCAAUGAAGGCUCCUACCUUGCGCACACUCAGGGCAAGAAGCAUCAGACCAACCUUGCUCGCCGUGCUGCGCGUGACGCGAAGGAUGCCCAGCUCAUGAUCGCGCCGACGCAGCAAAAUGUGCAGCGCAAGGUCUUCCUCAAGAUCGGUCGGCCGGGUUAUCGCGUCACGAAGGUCCGCGACGUCGACACUGGGAAGGAGGGUCUGAUGGUGCAAGUCCAUCUGCCUCAAAUCAAGCCGGGGGUGAUCCCUCGGCGGCGGUUCAUGAGCGCGUUCGAACAGAAGAAGGAACCGCCAAACAAAGCCCACCAGUACCUCAUUGUCGCGGCCGAGCCUUACGAAACCAUCGCAUUCCGCAUCCCUGCCCGCGAGAUCGAGGACGAGACCGACGACGCUGGGUACUGGAACUGGUCGCACUGGGACCCCGACACCAAGCAGUACAGCUUCCAGUUCAUGUUCCGCGUCCUUUACUGAUCUAUCUGUUAUGCCGUACAUGUUCGUCGAUCUGCCCUUGUAAUUCCAUGCACCUUGGACGCUGAAGUCAGGUCAACCUCGGCGAACUGCGCGAACGUACUAUGAUCAUGAUUUGUCACUCCGGUAGUCCGCGUCGAUCUUCUCCCCUUCACAGCCUCG